AUGUCAAAUCUUGCGCUAGAGGAGGAUAGUAAAAAAGAUUUGAUGAAACCGCCGGACUCGGACGCGAUAAAAACUGAUGAAGCAUGUGCCGACCAGCCAUCGGAUACGAUCGACAUCAAACAGUAUGAGCAAAAAUUGCUCGAUGGCAAAAUGCUCGAGCACGGCUCGCCAGAUAGCAAUGCGCAGGAGAAUCACGCGCUUGAAAGCGAUUCGCUGGAAACCAAGGUGCUAAAGCCAACAAUUGCAACACUGGACGAUUACAACGCGCUCAUGCAGUUUGGAGCCAUCGCAAACACAGGAGAUACCGCAUUCCUUAUAAACGAUAAGCCAAUGGUCUCAGCGCAAAUCGAGGUGAUACCGUGCAAAGUUUGUGGAGACAAAUCGUCCGGUGUUCAUUACGGUGUCAUCACUUGCGAAGGAUGCAAAGGAUUUUUUCGCCGCAGCCAAUCAUCCAUCGUCAAUUAUCAAUGUCCGAGACAGAAGAAUUGUGUAGUCGACAGAGUGAAUAGGAAUCGAUGCCAAUAUUGUCGCUUAAAAAAAUGCAUCGAGUUGGGAAUGUCGCGCGACGCCGUCAAAUUCGGAAGAAUGUCGAAGAAGCAGCGGGAGAAGGUUGAGGAUGAGGUACGUCUUCAUAAACAAAUGGCCGAGGCGGGUAGUAUGGGCUAUAAUAUGAUCUAUAAUGACUACUCACCACCAUCCUCACAUCCAAACUACUACUUUGAUCAAAACGUAUAUAACCAGUACAACUCAUCAACGGGCUCGUCGACACCGGUUGGUGGAUAUCAAUUGGCGGUAGCGGCGACGCCUGUCACUCCAAUGCCGCACUCGUAUGGAGCGGCAUCGGCGAACACGAGCGGAUCGUCGCAGAAUCAAUAUGUUGCUCAUCAAGCUUCUGGUGGCAGUUUUCCGUCGCCGCAAGUUCCUGAGGAGGAUCCUGUGACUAGAGUAAUAUCGUCAUUCGAGCAGCAGCACAGCAUCUAUCGAUCGUCUCGUGAUGUUUGCGAGGUUGAUGUGAAUCGACUUUCGACAAUGACACACGUGAACGGCUGGGAAAUGUUCGCAAAUGAAUUGAACCCACUUAUUCAGCAUAUAAUCGAAUUUGCAAAAUGUAUCGACGGGUUUAUGUUGCUGCCUCAGGAAAUGCAGAUACAACUACUUAAAGGAAGUGCAUUCGAAGUGUCUUUGAUCUUUGCUGUUUUACAAUAUGAUAUUGAGACGCAAAUGAUCUGCGGUGAUCGCAAUAGUUUCUCAUUCUCAUGGUUCAUUGCCGAGGAUCCGGCCGAGAUGCAACUGAUCACUGAAAUCCAUUCGACACUGCAUGAGAUCGCCAGUGUCGGCUUCACCACAUCCGAGCUCGCUCUGUUCGCCGCCACGCUCAUUCUUGAGCUUGCGACGACGUCGCCUACAUUGCGCACGAUCGGCUCGGCGGAGUUGUCGGCGUCGACGACGGCGGAGGCGUUUCGAUCGUCGCUUCUUCAAAUGAUGGGAAAUCGGAUUGGAUGCAUGGAUAAUGCGAUGAGUCGUCUUGAAGAGAUCAGUCAGCGAGUUCGUCAAACUGCCAGGCUUCAUCUUCAAGCGCUUCAAAGAUUCCGCGAGACGGAGCCGGCUUCUGCCGAACAGCUUCCGCCACUCUACAAGGAGCUGUUCAACUCGGAGCAUUGUUGA